AUGCCUAACGUCACAGAGGAUGCCUCACGCAACUAUGUUUAUACCGAUCCUGAAACGUUCGAGACCACCGUAUACAACUCGGGCGACAUAGCAUGGGUCCUCACAUGCAUGGCGCUUGUCUGGCUCAUGAUCCCGGGCCUUGGGUUCUUCUACUCGGGCCUCCUUAGAAGGAAGAACGCGUUGUCCAUGAUUUGGCUAUGUAUGAUGUGUAUAGGUGUCGUGUCCUUCCAAUGGUUCUUCUGGGGUUAUUCGCUUGCCUUCAGUGAGACGGGAAGUUCGUACAUCGGCAAUCUCAAAUACUUUGGCCUCAAGGGCGUCCUUGAUCAGCCCUCCAUGGGCUCUAACAAGCUCCCUGCCCUUGUGUUCUGCAUCUACCAGUGCAUGUUCGCUUGCAUCACGCCCAUGAUUGCCGUUGGUGCCAUCGCCGAACGCGGUCGUCUCGGCCCUCUCCUUGUCUUCGUCUUCGUAUGGACAACCAUUGUCUAUGAUCCCAUUGCUUGCUGGACAUGGAACGUCAAUGGUUGGUCCCUCGUUUUGGGUGGUCUCGACUUCGCUGGAGGAACUCCCGUCCACAUCUCUUCGGGUACCGCCGCCCUCGCCCUCUCCAUCUAUCUUGGCAAGCGCCGCGGUUACGGCACUGAGCGUCUUGCUUACAAGCCACAUAACACCACCUACGUGGUGCUUGGCACAAUUUUCCUCUGGUUCGGUUGGUUCGGCUUCAACGGCGGUUCAGCUCUCGCUGCGUCCUUGAAGGCUAUCCAAGCCUGCAUCGUCACCAACUUGGCUGCUAGCGUCGGUGGAUUGACCUGGAUGUUCUGGGAUUACCGCCUUGAGAAGAAAUGGUCUGCGGUUGGUUUCUGCUCCGGAGCUAUCUCUGGGCUCGUUGCCAUUACGCCUGCAUCAGGUUUCGUUGGUGCUCCUGCUGCGGUUCUCUUUGGUGUCAUGGGUGGAACCUUGUGUAACUUCGCCACCCAGCUCAAGUACAUCUGUGGUUACGAUGACGCCCUUGAUAUCUUCGCCGCUCAUGGUGUUGGUGGUAUCGUUGGCAAUCUUCUUACCGCCCUGUUCGCCCAAUCCAGCGUUGCCGCCUUCGACGGCCUCGAAAUUCCAGGUGGUUGGAUUGACCACCACUAUAUUCAACUCGGCUACCAGCUCGCCGACUCCGUCGCCGGUUUCGCGUACGCCUUCGGCAUGACCACCAUCAUCCUCUGGAUUAUGCAUUUCAUUCCAUAUCUCCGCAUUCGCGUCGACGAGGAGACCGAGAUACUGGGGAUCGACGACGCGGAGAUGGGCGAGUUUGCGUACGACUAUGUGGGAUUGGAAAGCGAGAUUGGGCACUCGCCAAAAGCGGAGGUGGGAGCUACUGGUGGUGCUCGGGAACCCGACCACCAUGCUAAGCAUGAGGCUAGCUCUAAUGGAAGCGAACCAGAGAAGCAGUAA